AUGCCUUUAAUCAAAGAUCUUAAACCAAGAAGAAGUGAUAGAAAUUUAAUUAUUGGAUUAACAUGUAAUUAUGCUACUAAUUUCAAAUUAAUCCUCUUUAUUAUCUUCCUUCUUUUUUCUACUUUCCUUGCAUUCCUCCAUUUCAUUCCUUCUUCUUACUUCAUUUCUUCCUCUUGUCUUCCGGAUCCGGAUCCGGAUCCAAACCCUCUAACUCAUCAACUCCCUACUACGGAUCGGAUCCUUGAAAAUGGAGCUACCAAACGCUAUUUUUAUCCAUUCGGGUCUGGAGCUUACAGUUUCAUUUUCAUGUCAGCUUACCGUGGAGGUCUUAAUAGUUUCGCCAUUGUUGGACUUUCUUCCAAACCUUUACACCUUUACAGCCGUCCUACUUACACAUGCGAAUACAAAACCCAGAACGACACCGUUUUAACCAAAACUUCUAGAAUCCUUCCUGACUGGGGUUUUGGAAGAAUCUACACAGUUCUUAUCAUCAACUGUACAUUUCCUCAUGGGACCCACAACCCUUCCAAUGGCGGUCAACUCCUUCUUCAUAUCCCAUCUCCAGUAAAUCCUAAUUUAACCGAUACAAUCAUAGCCUUAACAGAAAAACCCUUUUCGUGGGACCCAUCAAACUUUCUCUCUCCACCAAAAUUUGAAUUCCUCUACUGCGGAUCCCCACUGUACGGUAACCUAAGCCCGCAGAGAAUGCGUGAAUGGAUCGCGUAUCACGUUAGAUUGUUCGGGAAGAAAUCACACUUUGCGAUUUAUGAUGCAGGUGGGGUCCACAAAGAAGUAAUGGAGGUUUUGAAGCCAUGGAUGGAUCUUGGGUAUAUAAGUAUACAUGAUGUAAAAGAAGAAGAAAGAUUUGAUGGGUAUUAUCAUAAUCAAUUUUUGAUUGUGAAUGAUUGUUUACAUCGGUACAGAUUUGAAACAGAAUGGAUGUUCUUCUUUGAUGUGGAUGAAUAUAUUUAUGUUCAAAAUGGAAAAUCGAUUAGAUCUAUGGUGGAUUUGGUUAGGGAUUAUACCCAAUUUGAGAUUGAACAAAUUCCUAUUUCUAAUCAAAUUUGUUUGGCUGAAGAUGAUGGAGAAACUUCCAAAAAAUGGGCGAUGGAGAAGCUAGUAUACAGGAACGUGAAGAAAGUGGCGAGAAGGGAUCGAAAGUAUGCCAUACAACCACGAAAUGUGCUAGCCACCGGGGUUCACUUGUCUAAAAACUUCUUUGGUGAGUCCGCUCCUAAAACUGAGAAAUUGAUCAAGUAUUUUCAUUACCAUGGCACUAUUGUGGAGCGUCGAGACACUUGCAAGCACUUUUUAAAUCGUACUAAAUCUACUAAACUAGGGGAUGUCCCUUUUGUGCUCGAAACUAGCAUGCGCCCGCUUGCUCGACUUGUCAAGAAGUUUGAGCUAGAAACUAUUGGAUCUAAGCUUGAAUCUACGAAGUUAUAACACACACUAACAACCCGCUUGGUAACAAAUUAAAUCAUAAAUAGGGGUAUGGUGUAACUUUCCAUAACAAAAUAACAAAUAAUUAAAUUUCAUUACCAUUUAACGCCAUUUUUUCAAGCAAUAAUAUAUGAGAAUGAAUUUUAUGAAGGAAAAAAACACAGUUUUUGAAGUUAGACAAGCAUGAGUAUGAACUUUUUACAUGCUUUUUUUAGCAACGUUACACUAAAAUUUUAUCCCCAUUUAUUUUCUAAUGUCGUGUACCAAACGGGCUGCAAUUAGUUAGAGUAUUAUAUUGGGAAAGCCAAAGCAUAGAGGUUUUUGACUUGAAAUCUUGAAAAUCAACAAUGACACAAGGUUGAAGCAAAACUACGCUAGGGUUUCAUUUCCCCAUUCUUCUCCUUAGCUUCUUGAUGGACAUAAUAUACAAUUUGUAUUUUUUUUAUUUUUCUUAUUUUUUGUUGACAUUUUAUGAGUAGGAUAUUGUAGCGUAAUUUACGCUAAUGUAUUUUGUAUACCAAGAUGCACUCAUUUGUUUUAUUUAUAUAAUAAUAUAGGUAAUAAAAUUUUGUUUAUUCAAAA